AUGUCGUCUUCAACAAAGCAAAAUGAGCCAUUUUGGCUUGGCGGUGCUGCCGCUUCCAUGGCCGUGUGCUUCACCCACCCACUGGACCAGACCAAAUAUCGUAUGCAAGUCCUCAAGUCAAGAAACUCCAUGUUCCGCGCCAUGUACCGAUUCGCAUCCCGAGACGAUGUUGGACAGAUCGCAACGUAUGUUCUAUCAUAUUCCACGGCGAAGCACUACCUCCUGGCGAGCGGCGGCCUCAAAGACGAUGUUCGAACACAUACUCUCGCCUCAUUUCUUGCAGGCACUGUCGCCACCACAAUCUGCGCACCCGCGGAUGUGCUCAAGAGCAGGAUCCAGAGUGCGUCCGCUGCUGGCUCAGGUGGCAACUCCGUUGUCCAGAUCAUCCGCACAAGCUUGAGGGAGGAAGGUCCCCGCUUCCUCAUGAAAGGCUGGACACCUGCGUGGCUGCGGCUUACACCAAACACUAUUCUGACGUUCGUAUUCAUGGAACAGCUGAGGAUACUGACACAGUGGACUUUUGUUCCUGCAGGCGGUGCUACAAUGAAGAUUUGA